AAGACAAUGUCAAGCGUAGCAACAACGCUCGUCGUGGGUGCUUCACGAGGAUUAGGUCUUGAGCUGGCAAAAGCACUGGCGUCUCAGGGACACAACGUCUUUGCAACCAUUCGUUCCGCAAAAUCAGCAUCAUCGCUACCACCCAGUGUCCAUGUCAUCGAAGGGGUUGAUUUGAGCGAGGAGAGUGCCGGUCCUGCUAUCGUCCAGGGUUUGAAGGGACAGAAAUUGGAUCUCGUUAUCGUCAAUGCUGGGGUGUUCAAGAAAGAGACGCUUGAUAGCUUAAACUUCGACGGUGAAGUGGAAAUGUACAAAGUUGUAGCGAUCGCGCCUGUUUUCAUUGCCCAUCAUCUGUGGAAGGCGGACCUCCUGCCUUCAGGCUCUAAAUUUAUUCUCAUCAGUACCGAAGGGGGGUCCAUCCAGUUGAGAACAAAGGAAGAAGGCGGUGGAAAUUAUGCUCACCACGGAAGCAAAGCCGCCGAGAACAUGGUUGGAAAGCUGCUUUCCAACGAUUUUUACGACAAAGGCGUCACUGUGGCCAUGAUCCACCCUGGCUUUAUGAGGACGGACAUGACAAAGGGCGUCGGCUACGACCAAUACUAUGACUCUGGUGGAGCCGUCGAGCCUAGCGAGGCAGCCCGCUCCACUCUUGAAUUUAUUUCGACCAUUACGCACGAGAAAACGGGGACAUUUUGGGCUCCUCGUGGACCAAGAGAUAUCGGGGAAGCCGAGCGCGUCCUUGGGGAAAAUCUGCCGACCCCUCUGCAGCUUCCCUGGUAA